UCUUCAAAUGACUUGGUAAUUGUUCCCUCUAGGAAAUCUGCAAGUAUUCAUUGUGUUUUGAAUACUGAAAAGAAAUUAUCUUCGAAACCACAUUUAUUCAUUUAUUAAACAUUUAUUCAAGCCUCACUAUGCAGGAAGUACUUCUCUAGGUAGUGCGGUGCGUACAAAAGUGACUGUGAUAGUGUCUCUGGGUUUUAAGGAGCUCUCAGCUCAGUGAGAGGCAGAGACAGCAAGUGAUGUAGUCAUAGAAGGUAACAGGCAUUCUUCAAAAUGCUGCACCUGGAUCCACCUGGAUCCACCUGGAAGCAGGAUGUAAUUUUCCAAAGAAGCCAAUGAGAUAGAGGCAGUCCCUUAUCUUCAAUUCUGAAUUUAAAAAACAAAACAAAAUGAACCUCUGAAAAUUGAAUUCUUUCUUUGAUAGGUUGGUGCAAACUCACUUGCUUACAAAACCUGGGCUGAACUGAUGCGAGGCAGUAGUUUUAUCUUCUUUUCUAGCAUGUGAAUGUUCACAACGUUUGCUGAAAACACCAGGGAUGAUGCGUAACAUCCAGUUAAUGUGUCACCAGAUUCCCUUUCACACCUGGCCCCGGAAUCCCAGGAAAAGCGAUGGUGGGCCUGUCUAACUGGAUGUUUUACAAUGAAUGAACACGAAGCUUCAGAGGAGCUAGACGGUGUGCUCCAGCCCCAAAGCUUGGGAGAGGCGCGAUCGUCUCUUUACUCUCCUUUCAUCUGGAACGUUUCCGCCAGCUUUAUUUGCCAUAAAGAGUAAAGAAGUGAAGUCUGCAUGCUUGGCUCAGCCCAUCCUAAUGGUAAACGUUAGGCCUGUUUUGCCUUUAAGUUGCAGAAGCCUGCUUGAGGAAUGGACAAAAGCGGGCAGGGUGAGCAAGGUAUGAUUAGGAUAUGGGGUGUUCUGGUUGGAAAGUAAAAUUUGUAUUCUCGCAAAAUUUGCAUGUUGCCGUGAGGACACAGCGAGAAGGCACCUUCUAAAACAGGAAGGGAGUGAGCCCUCACCAGACGCCCAAUCUGCGGGCACCUUGCUCUUAGCCUUCCCAACUCCAGAACUCUCAACAGCCUGCUGUUCACAAGCCACCCAGUUUACAGCAUUUUGUGAUAACUGCCAGGAAGGACCGUUAUUAGUCCAUCCAUUAGUGUGAAACACUUCAAGUAUGCAGUUCCCAAGAACUGGGAUGUUUACUUAGAUAACCACAGGAGAACGAUCAACUUUAGUGAUGUUUAACAUUGACACAAUGCUUUUAUCCAAUCCACCAACCAUAUGCCAGCGUCUCCAGUGGACCCACUAUAGCAUCUUCCCCAUCUCAACAGGAUCCAGUCUAGGGUCAGGCAUUGUAUUUGGUUGAACCUCAUGGAGCCCCAGACAGAGCCGUGGCUUAGCCUCAGGAAGGAUCAGAAUCCGGGACAUAGGGAACUCAGGAGUUUUUUUCCUUUGCCUCCCACUUGAGUGUCUUCCUUUGAUCAUUCACUUUUUCUGCUUCCCAGUCCAUGCAUUAGAAAAUAGCUGCUACCUGCCGAAGCUUUUUAUCUCCUCAAUUAAGGAUAGUGCUGAGCUGAACUGGAGUCUUUUAAAUCCAAUCCAAAUUGCCACGUGUCUGCUUCCCUUUUGCAUGACGAUGGAAAAUUGUGGUGGUGAGUGGGGGUCUCAUCAAAGGAAACAUGACACAGACCACACACGUGAAUGCAGUGGAAGCCCUCCUUCCAGUGGUGCGUUUGCCCCAGGAUCAUUUGUUUGCCGACCUUAACCUGGCCUCCAGCGUGUCUUGGUAGUGAGCAUUCCCAACCCUGGUUCUUACCGCUCAGGCUGCCACCUUCUGCAAUUGCUGACUUGCCCUCCUGUCCCCUGAGAUGACGGUGUACCCCGUUUGCCUGGGGCCAAGGCAAGCUGCUUGGCCUUUGGCUGCCCAUCUCCCCUAAGCUACUGGUUUCAAACUGAUGGACCCUUAGGGUACACACACCACCACCUGCCCAAGAGCUACUUGGAGGGCUUUGCUGAUGAGGUCUCAGGACACCUCAAGGUGACCCAGUGUUGAUCAGCACGGACUGGCCCUGAGCCUGUGUUCUCUACAACCUUGUGCAUUGUGAUUGAACUGCUGGCGAUGCCCCCCUGACCUCACCAAACCUGGUUGCACAGCCAGGCCACUACCUGGGCUCCAGCCUCUGUGUUGCUCAUCUGUUUUCUUCCUCUCAGCCCUGUGGGUCACAGAUGAGGGCUGUGGAUAGAUGCCUUGUCAACAUCAAAGCCCUUCCCAUGUUUGGGGCCAGGAGAGUCUGGCAGAAAAGGAAGGUUUUCAAAGCUGGACUUAGUCUGGGCAAGUCACUAAACCUCACCACAGCUCUCAUUCCUCAUCUGUAUCUUGAGGGGAAUGAACCAAAUGUUCUUUCAGGACCCUGUGACUCUAAGAAUUUCCGUGAUGUCACUAAAAACUCCGGCAGGAGUUGCCCAGAGUGUGCAAAGAAUGAGCACCAUUGCAUCACGUGGGACCAGCCCAGAGGAAAGGGCUACUCUAAGGUCAAGGCAUGGUAGGAAACCUUAACAAGGACAACCAACCACAAAGCACUUGAGGCCUGGGAUUUACACGCCUUACAGAGUCUUGGUUUAUUCAUUGUGCAGGCACUAGACUGCUAUCCUUAGAAGGGCCUGCUUGCAAAGUUGACCCUUGGCUGGUGUCUGGCAACUUAACCGGUAAACAGUUUCCUUCGCCCAUACACAGUUUUCCCAAAUGAUAAGGUGGGCUUGCCGUGCUGAAGCUGUUUGUGCAAACAGUAUGAUUUAUACUGAACACUUGCUUUCCAUCUGGAAUUUUGAGACAGGGUAGGCAGAGGCUGCCUACGUCAGCAGCCCCACCAUAAGAUCCCUGGGGGAUGAGUUUCUACUGAGCUUCCCUGGUUGACAACACUUCACACUGUGGCCACUGCUGUUUGCUGGGGGAGUUAAGCACAUCCGGUGUGACUUCACUGGAAGAGGACUCUUGGGAGCCUAUACCUGGUGUGCUCUGGCCUUCAUCCCAGGUACUUCUCCUUGCUGUUUGUGCUUCAUCCUCUUUCACUGUCAUAAAUCUUAGCCAUAGGGACAGCUGUAUGCUGAGUCCUGCUACCAAAUCACCUCUUACCAAACCUGGGGGUGAUGCUGGAGACCCCAGACACACUCGCAGAUUUCUAAAGCGACUAAGCAAGUGAAGAUAAGCCCCCUUCCUGUGCAAUUCCCCCAUGCUAAUUCAUGCUGUAGAGGAUUGGGCCCCUCUGCCUGUGCUAAGAGGAGCUUUAGCUUAGUUAAAAUCUGCGACUGUGGCAUCAUGCUUACUUGUGUCCCCCUUGGUCCAACCUAGAAUCCAAAUGUUGUGCUGUCCAUUGGGAGGCCUGAUCAUUCAUGGUCCAGGAGUAAAAAAUCACAGAGAUCUUGGCCUGGCUUGACAUUCUGGAAUAUGGAGGAAAUUCUCAGGAACGGAAUUUGGCUGGUGCGGCUUCUCACCUGGGCGGCUCUGGCAGUGUGCUUCAGAAAGAGCAGCAGCAGCAUUCCUUAACUGAAUGAUGUUGACAGUUCUCCAGAACCAAGUCAGGAAAGCCAGCUGGUCUUAUAGAAGUCGGGAAAAAUUACUGCUGGGGGAAAUAUUAUUUGAGAAGAAAUAUAAUGUCUUAACCUUAGUGUAUUCGUAUGUUUUCAUAUGCUGCUGAUAAAGACGUUAAAGACAUAAUCCAAGACUGGGUAAUUUACAAAGAAAAAGAGAUUUAAUGGACUCACAGUUUCACGUGGCUGGGGAGGCCUCAUAAUCAUGGCAGAAGGCAAAAAGCAUGUCUUACAUGGUGGCAGGCGAGAGAGAAUGAGAGCCAAACAAAAGGAGAAAUCUCUUAUAAAACCAUCAGAUGUCAUGAGGCUUAUUCACUACCAUGAGAGCAAUAUGGGGGAAACUGCCCCCAGGACUCAAUUAUCUCUGACUGGGUCCCUCCUACAACACGUGGGAAUUAUGGGAGCUACCAUUCAAGAUCAGAUUCAGGUGGGGACACAGCCAAACCAUGUCACAGCAUACUUAGACUGUUUCCGUGAGCUUUGAAUAGAAACCACAUAACUUUACCUGAAUGCUUUAGGUACCCAUAAAGUUCUGUUCUGUGAAGGUAGAGUUUUUGCACCCUUCAUGGCAAGAACUGUGGGUGUGUAACUAAGGAGAGGAGAGUGCACGCUGUCACGCUUGGCUGUUGUGUCGUUUAUGGACCAUGAGAACGCAACAAAGCUGUUACUUUUCUUUAAGACAGGGUCUUCCUCUGUCACCCAGGCUGGAGUACACUGGCACAGUCAUAGCUCACUGCAGCUCCAACCUCCUGGGCUUAAAAAAUCCUACCUCAGCCUCCCAAGUAGCUGGGAUUGUAGGCAUGUGCCACUAUGCCUGGCUAAUUUUAAAAAAAUUUUUUUUGUAGAGAUGGUGUCUCACUAUGUUGCCCAGGCUGGUCUCAAACUCCUAGUUUCAAGGGAUCCUCUGCCUCAGCCUCCCAAAGUGCUGGGAUUACAGGCACCAAAUCAGUUUUUGGUUUUUUGAGCAGCCUUUCUUCUUCUUGCAGUUGUUCUGGAUUGCCCAAGAGGCUCUCCAAGGGAAGAGGAGGUCACUCCACCCCUCUGUAUUCCAGCAUUAAAAUUAGCUCCUGUUUAGAGAGGCUUUUGGCUCUAGCUCUGUUUUCAGAGCUAGGGCUAAAAGUCAGCAGCUUUUUUUUUUUUUUCCCCAGAUGGAGUUUUUGUUCUUGUUGCCCAGGCUGGAGUGCAAAGGCACGAUCUUGGCUCACCCCAACCUCUGCCUCCCAAGUUCAAACUAUUCUCCAGCCUCAGCCUCCUAAGUAGCUGGGACUACAGGCAUGUGCCACCACACCCAGCUAAUGUUGUAUUUUUAGUAGAGUCGGGGUUUUUCCAUGUUGGUCAGGGUGGUCUCGAACUCCCAACCUCAGGUGAUCCACCCACCUUGGCCUCCCAAAAGGCUGGGCUUACAGGCAUUAGCCACCGUGCCUGUCCAGUCAGCAGCUUUUAAAACAGAGCAUCUCAGGAGGUCCAGCCAGAUCUCUGUCCAGCAGGUUACUAGAAGCAUGACCCUCAGAGGCUGUUUCGGGAAAGUUUGUAAAUUCCAUGGCGGUUUAAUGGUAUGAGACACUGACUUUAGCUAUAUGCUCAGGAACUGCUGCAAACAGCAUGCAGGGAGUAGGCAGAUAUUGUGCCCCUCUUGACACUUAGGAGGAAGAUGGAGUGUUGCAAUGGCAUUUGGAAACUUUCGUUUUCUUUUCAAAAUUGUUCACCAGAUCCUUAUCAGAUGGAAGACUAAUAAGAGCAUGAACAGUGAAGGGGACCUGAGGCUUACCCUUUCCUUGAGGCUAAAACAAGCAAAGGAAACCAUUAGCCAGCCACUUUUAUCAAGCACUUCCUUUGUGCAGAGAACUCACUGUGCUGUAUGCCUUAUGGGGUGGAGGAUAAACAGUUGGGAGGAGGGGCUCCCUUCCACUGCGUCCCUCGGGCUGUAUGAGAGGGCAACCCCGAAGCCCUCACCAUCACUUGCAAGAAAUGACCGAUUGGCAUUUGCAAAACAAAAGAUAAAUGAACAUGUACAUUGGCAUUCCGUGUAUAGUCAGGCGUGGCCAACUAGAGAAGUUGCUAAGAAUGAGGUUUUUGAAGGAACUGUUGAAGCCAGACCUUUAUUCAGCAUCAUCUUGUUCCCUGCUACGUCAGCGUGCUCCGCUCCUUUCUUCCCUGCCUCUGUUCGGAGCACCACGAGUGCCCCCUCCAUCCCCCAACCCAGGAUCACACCAGACACUUGGAGGCCAUGCUAAAUGUCCACCUCCCACCUCCCUCCAAAUCCACCCCAGAUUCUACCCCCUCCAUUCUCUCUAUCGUGGUCAUAAUGCCCAAGGCUUCCAGUGAUUGUGUCACCCUCAGGACAGAGUUCCAGCCCUCCUCAGCCCUCUGUGCCUAUUUCAUCUUUACCCCCUACCCUCAAAUGUUUGUGGCCUUUAUACCUCUGUUCCCUCUGCUUUCUUGAUUGGAAUGCCUUUUCCCUAAUGACCCUGACUGGAAAACUCCUACACACUCUUUGUUUUUUUUUUUUUUUGAGAUAGAGUGUUGCUCUGUCACCCAGGCUAGAGUGCAGUUACGUGAUCUCAGAUCUCUGCAACCUCCGUCUCCCAGGUACAAAUUAUUCCCCUGCCUCAGCCUCCAGAGUAGCUGAGAUUACAGGCACCCACCACCAUGCCUGGUUAGUUUUUUUGUAUUUUUAGUAGAGACAGGGUUUCACCAUGUUGGCCAUGCUGGUCUCAAACUCCCAAAUUUCAAGUGAUCUGCCUGUCUCGGCCUCCCAAAGUGCUGGGAUUACAGGUGUGGGCCACUACACCCAGCCUCAGAGUAUCUUAAGUUAAUACCUUAUAUUAAGUUAAUAUCUUAAUAUCGUAAAGGUGAAAUGAGUUCACUAGGAUGGGCCCUGACUCGCCAUGUCGGGUGUUCUUAUAAAAAGGGGAAAUUUGGACACAGACACAUGUAGAGAGAGAGUGCCGGCACCUGGCUUGUAGGCCGAUGCAUCUACCAGCCAAGGAAUGCCAAAGAUUGCCAGCUAACUACCGGGAGAUAGGGCAGAGGCCUGGAGCAGAUUUUCCUUUCCAACCUUAAGAAGCAUCCAGCCCUGCCCACACCUUGAUCUCAGAUUUCAGCCCCCAGAGCUAAGACAAUACCUGUUGUUUGAGCCACUUGCUUUGUGGUCCUUUGUUACAGCAGCCCUAGGACACUAAUAAGCCUCCAACACCAGUCUUCUCUGAUCUGUUGGGAUGGUGGUGACAUCAGUGGUUUGUUUACUUUAACAUCUAGGAGAGCAGAUAGGUUCCAAAAGCAUCGCUUUCAGAUGAGCCCGUUUUUGCCAAUACUCUUGGAACUUAGAGCUGGAUGGACUCAGAACUGGGGAGGCCAUCUCUGCUUUGGACACCUAGAAUUUGGACAGAGAAAUGUCUGGUGGGGAUGAAGGCUAUGUGGCUGCCGGUUGGUAAAAGGAGAAAAGGCUCAAAUAUGUGCUUCUGGUCUCUGAAAUCCCUUUCCACCAUCAGCAGGACAGAUGGGUGGGAUCACAUCAGCCCUUACCCUUUUCCUUGGGACCCCUGCUUUCCUGCAAGGCUCCCCUUGCUGUAGCUGGCAGCCACUUGGAUACAUGUACUUGGGGCAGUGAGUGUGGCCUACAUAUGUGAUUGGCUGCCAGUGUCAGGGGUAUGUUUGCUGGUGCUGCUUGAUAAGCCACUUUGGGACUAGCAGGUGUCCAGAGUGGGCCUGGUGUAACCCUUGGUCAUUGCUCAGACUCUCCUGGCUUCACCAUGUCCUGUGUCUGAACCCCAGGCUCUUUCUAGGCUUUUCAGGAGGUGGAUCCUCCCCAUGCUGUGGCAAUCUCCAACUUAGAGAUCACAGCCACCAGUUGAUACAAUUAAUGACCCCACUGGUCCCCAGGGUUCUAACACAUACAGUUCUCUCUGUCUUGAUGCUUUUACCCUCAUUCUCCUGGGGCAGCCUGGACAUGCUAGUUCUUAGGAUUCAGUUUUGGGAGUUGGAAGUGAACAGACCUGUGUUUGGAGGCUUUAGAGGUGAUUUGAAACAAAUUCUACUUAAUGAAGUGGCUAUUUCCAAAGCCUGUCCCUGUCAUGUUAGAAUCCCCAGAGCUGCAGCUUUGUUAACUUUCAGUUCUUGGCCUCGUUAUUGGGCUGAGAAUGGGCUGUGCUUAUUAGCACCGUGGACAGAAUUGUUAAUCCAGACUCUAGCAUGGUGAUUUUGAGAUCCCUUCUCCCUCUGCUAGUCUAUUUUUGACCCUGCCAGCAUCAUUUUUUCCUUUUGAAGUUGAACAGACAUUCUUUAACCUUCCUUCUGCCACCCAGAGCACUCCUAAUCAAGGUUAACACACUUAGCCCACUCUGUGGUGUGACGCUCUAGGAAAAGAUCGGACCUACAUUGUGGCAUCCACCCGAGAGGUGUAGGACAGCCGAGGAUGGACAUCUGGACUGUGCAACCCAGCAGGACAAGGCUGUGUCACACGUGGCCUGAGGCUAUUGAUCUCUUAAAGAUUAGACCUGCGUUUUAUUUGGUUUGUGUGUCUACUAAGUGGCAGCAGUAAGGUUUCUUGGUUUAGAGUAAACUUCCUGAUUCUGCAGAAAUAAGAGAAAAAAAAUCUUGCCUUUUUUUUUUGAAAGCAAGCCUGUUAGGAAGAACAGAGAUGCCAGACACAGCUGUCUUUUCCUCCUGGUUCUUUGGCUGUGAGAAUCUUCUUCCCACUUCAGGACCAUACUCGGAGGGGACAGAAGCCAGGCAUUGCCAAACGAUGAGAUCUGUUUGUCCUUGGCUCUGGAAAAUGGGAAACAAGAGCUUGUUUUAAUUCUGCGGCUAUUCUGAUAGGGAAACGAUGGGAUUGGAUCUUGGUCUCUUCAGAUCGAGGGCCCAGUACAAGCACAGAACAUUAUGACUGUGAUCAGUAGGAGAUUAUAGCUAUGGGCAGUCUCUAGAACUCAUUUAGAUGCAUAUUAUUUCCUUAGUACUCAGAUAUGAAUAUAAGAAGUGGUGCUCAACAAGCAUCAGGAAAUCUGGCUCCCGAUGAAGACAGGAGUUGGUGAACAUCUGCAAGCUUGGAAGGCUGCCAGCCGACACCUUCACCGGAAUGCAAACUCCUCCCUCCUCCCUGUUCAACCUCGGAGCCUGUGGCCAGCUGCUGAGCCCUCUUCCUUUGGUGUGUCGUCCUCACCAGUAUAUGCAGAGACUGGUGUGUUACUGACCAGAGUAAUGUGGUGUUACUGCAAGACUGGCAUCGGCAAGAACGUCAUCUGCGACCGCACUGCCACGCCGCUGGACGCCUUCCGCAUGACCUCUGCCGCCCACUACUACCCCAAGCUCAUGAGCAUCAUGGGCAACGUGCUGCGCUUCCUGCCGGCCUUCGUGCGCAUGAAGCAGCUGAUCGAGGAGGGCUACGUGGGCGAGCCACUAGUGUGCGAGGUGCAGGUGCACGGCGGCAGCCUGCUGGGCAAGAAGUACAACUGGAGCUGUGACGACCUGAUGGGCGGCGGCGGCCUGCACUCCGUGGGAACCUACAUCAUCGACCUGCUCACCUUCCUCACCGGCCAGAAGGCCGUCAAGGUCCACGGGCUGCUCAAGACCUUCGUGAAGCAGACGGACCACAUCAAGGGCAUCCGCCAGAUCACUAGCGACGACUUCUGCACCUUCCAGAUGGUGCUGGAGGGUGGGGUGUGCUGCACGGUAACCCUCAACUUCAACGUGCCUGGCGAGUUCAAGCAGGACGUCACUGUGGUGGGCUCCGCCGGGCGCCUGCUGGCCGUGGGCACAGACCUGUAUGGGCAGCGCAACAGCGCCCCGGAGCAGGAACUGCUGGUGCAGGACGCCACGCCGGUGAGCAACUCCCUGCUGCCCGAGAAGGCCUUCAGCGACAUCCCCUCGCCCUACCUGCGCGGCACCAUCAAGAUGAUGCAGGCGGUGCGCCAGGCCUUCCAGGACCAGGACGACCGGCGCACGUGGGACGGGCGGCCUCUCACCAUGGCGGCCACCUUCGAUGACUGCCUGUAUGCCUUGUGCGUGGUGGACACCAUCAAGAGGUCCAGCCAGACAGGCGAGUGGCAGAACAUUGCCAUCAUGACCGAGGAGCCGGAGCUGAGCCCCGCCUACCUGAUCAGCGAGGCUAUGCGCCGCAGCAGGAUGUCCCUCUACUGUUAGCACAGACUGGGGACCUCGGGGACUUGAGCCUUCUGCAGGGGAUAUCCACAGAGAGGGGAAGGAGACGGUGGCCAUGGGCAAUGUGCGGAUAGGGGAGGUAGAGGGACAGUGUGAAUAAAUGGCAUCUGGGAAGGUAAACUCCAGUCCCGGGGACCACCCCAAACCAGACUGUUGGUGGGCUGAGCUUGUAGCCUGGAAGCAUUCAGGAGGGCCUGCCAUUCCCGGGAUGACCCCUGCUGGGUAUUUGCACCAGAGUGGUUUGGUUUAGCUGCCUCUGCUGCGCUUUACUGUAACAAGCAAGGAGGGGUUGCUUCCCUCCCUACCUCAUCCACCCCUCACACACCUUGGCCUCUUGCAAGCCAAGUGCUCCUGCAAGGUCAAGGCACCAGUAUCAGAUGCAAACCCAGUGCCCGGGAUGCCCACCGCUGGCAGGAGAAGGCUCAUUUUCACAGUCUGCAGAAGCCCGUUAGGCUGGGAUUGGGGGGUGGGAUGGGCUGUUGGGAAAGUUCAGAUUUCAGGAAGCUGCUUUUUAUUGAAUGUAAGGUAUCUGAAGGCAAAAGUACUUAGUAGCCAAGUGGCCAGCUUUUGAUUGAUUGGGCUUCCUCAUAGGAAGCACUGAGGAUGUGUCUUCACACUUGGUUCAUUGCCCUUCACCUGGUGGAGAGAGGUCAGAAAUAGCAAGCAGAAAGCAGAACUCUCGGAAGCCACAAGGAAAGAGCUCAGAUUGCACCACAACAGGGGGAGCAGAGAAUAAAAUUGCUUCUUUGAACUUGUCAACAAUUUAAAAACUGCAGAGUCACCUUAUAACUUUAUUUCCAGUAAAGGUGAAAUUGAGUGUCACAGGGGUUACUGCGGUGUUAAGGUAGCCCGGCCACAUGGCUCUCCAGGCAGUGCCAAGAAGCCAGCACAAGUAUGCGUUUGACCAUAAGCUCAUAUGCUGCCCCCAAAGACUGGGGACCGCUGUGUGCCUCAGUGUUGCAGUGUGAAUUCCCUAACAAGGUAAAGUGCGACUAGCCAGGGAGGUGUUCAGGGCUCCAUCACCCAUCUCUCCUACCAAGCUGGCAAGAGUGUUUAGGAGAUUCAUCCAGCUUUGUGGAUUUUAAAAGGAAGACUUCAGUUCCAAUCAGAAUCCUCUUUUCUUUAAGAAAAAAAAAAAAAGUAUUUUUCUUAGCUCCAGCAUUUGCUUUCAGGAUUCUGACACCAGAGAAUUUAGGGGUAGGUACUAAACUAACCAAAACAAAAGGACAACAAGGAACAUUAUUUCUAGUGUUUCUAAGGGGCCAUACUUAGCAUUGAGAAGGCUCAUGUUGGAAAAAAACAUGUUCAUCUAAUUGAUCUCCUGUCUCUCUUGUCUUUGCACACUCUGCUUACAGAGCUUUUGUUAGAGAUGCUGACUGCAGGCUUGGAGCAGGCAGUGCCAAAAGGGAACACACAUACACACACACACACACACACAGAGAGAGAGAGAUUUGUGAAUGCUUGCUACCAUCAAAUGUCACUGAAAUCAUUCUUAAAAAUUCAGAUCUGGUCUUGAAAGAAAGAUCAAGUCAAGCACAUUGAGAGAACAGGGAAUUAUCCUUUGUUAUCUUUGCUUAAUCCUUCACCCCAAGUAAGACAUUUGUCAAGGGUGAACGUGGAAGCCAUUCCUCAUAAGUCUAUGUAGCUUUUGUUCACAGGCUCGCUGAAGUCCAACAGGUGUCUUUACCUGCAGCUGAGGUUUAGAGUUCUUUUCAGAUAGCUGGCAUUAGAACUAGAAGGGAAUCUAAGAGGCCUGGAGUCCACCCCCAGCCUUAGUAGGCAAAAUCCGAGAAUGAACAGCACAAUCAGUGGCAUCCUUCAUUGCCCUCCAUAGGGUCAAUAUACUUUGAAGCCCAGGCUACUCAUAGAUGAAAGUAUAGUGUGUCCAAACACCAGGGGAAUGUUGGGCAUUUUCUAGCACAGAGAAGUAAGUAUUGCCUUUCUGGAAAGAGUCGCCCUGCUUCCUGGGGCUUUGCUGCAGCACUACAGGGUCGGUCGGCUGAAACCCCAUGCCUGGUUCAUUUGGUCCCUCACCUGUUGCCGACAGACUUCGGGGUCAGCAUUCCUGCUCUUGCCGCUCUCAGUUCCAAACUGGAGAUUUACUGGAAUGGAAGUCUCCCAAUAAUGGUUUGAACAGAGGGCCACGUCAUGGACUGUUUUGGUUCUCGUUCUUCUAAAUUGCUCUCUGGGAAAGUAGUUUUUGUGGAAACAUUGGAAUUAUUAUUUUUUUCUAGCUAGCCUGAAGGGCUUUGAUUAGGGAUGAAGGGAAAGCAAGUGAAAUGACUCAACGGGUUUCAUUUUUCUAAGUCAUUCAUAACCUAAAUAGGGAUAUUUCUGGAGUUUCAAUUGUGUAUUUCUGUACUAAAUCAUAAUACUUGGGGUUUGGGGGAGAGGUCCCCAUAAAGGCCUCUAAGCUCUGUAAUAAAUAUUUAGUAUCUAAAACAAAAAUUCUCAUUUGAGGCUGGGUAUAUAGAAAGAACAUAUAUUCUUUAAAAGAAGCAUGAAAAAAUAUUUUAAUAAGUGUAUUCAAAUUUUAUCCACUGAAGUGCAUGUAGUAGGUAGAUGAAGGAACAAGAGAAAGAAAAGAGCUAGAUAGUUCAUUUUCUUUAAAUAUAAAAAUUAUAGCAAAUGGGUUUGAGAUACUUUUUUUUUUUUUUUGAGACAGAGUUUUGCUCUUGUUGCCCCAGCUAGAGUACAAUGGCUCGAUCUCGGCUCACUGCAAUCUCUGCCUCCCAGAUUCAAGCGAUUCUCCUGCCUCAGUCUCCCGGGUAGCUGGGAUUACAGGCAUGUGCCACCACGCCGGCUAAUUUUGUACUUUUAGUAGAGAUGGGGUUUCUCCAUCUUGGUCAGGCUGGUCUCGAACUCCCGACCUCAGGUGAUCCACCUACCUCAGCCUCCCAAAGUGCUGGGAUUACAGGUGUGAGCCACCGCAGCCGGCUGAGAUACUUCUUUAGUGCUCCAUUUGCCCUUAACCCACCACAUGCAAAGACUUGAUUGGGGGUGGGAGGUUGACGCUGAAAUCUCUGGCCUUCGACAGCAUUCUGCAGAAGGACUUUGUUUCAGCCCAGCACCCUUAGGGGUUCGGGUACCCUUAGCUGACUUUGACCUAGAACUAGCACCCAGCAAUAUUUCGGCUCCUUUCUGCUUUGUUUAAUGUGUUUCAAGGGCUUUGAUGUCAGGAGGCAGUGCUUUAAGAGUCUUCCCAGUUAGUUCCCACUUGCCUGUUUUGUUCCCAUCCAUGUAUGGGUGCCCCUAGGUUCCAAGUCCUGAGGGAGGGUGUGGGUCAGGGCUCUUACCUGGUAUCUAAAAAUGUUUGGGAGUGCCCUGUGCCUAUUCAAAAGUUUAGAAUCUAAUCACCGUCAGAUCCUCCAGGACUUCUCCCCUCAACAGAGAAUUGUACCAUAGGGCACCCCAGGCCCACCUCAGCCUACAUGGCAGCAAAUACCACUGCGCCAGGUGUAUCUGGACUCUUGGGUAGUCUUGGCCAACUCCAGGACUUGUCCACUGUGCGCAGAGUAUUUUCGGUAUGUGAUCUCAUGCAAUACUUGAAAACAGUCCUAUAGCGUUGGGUAUUACUAUUUCUUUUAGACACAUGGGAAAAUGGAGGCAGGAAGAGGAAGAGGAACUUGUCCAAAGUCACACAAGACAAGUUAGGCAGAAAUGGGCUCAUUCAAAUCCAAAAUCUUCUGCAGACCACACUGCCUCCCAAGAAGAGAUGUGGGGCACCUCCUGUUCCCACCAGGCAGGAAAGCGCUCCUUAUCAACUUCUUCAGGGGUCUGCUGUCACACCCAGGAAGGACUGUGACAAGCAUGGACUGGCCUCCAGCUUCACCCAGCCUGCCGUCAGCAUUCUCCUGUUCAGCAGCAUGUAACAUCUGAUGUUCUGCCAGGAGCUUAGAGAGCUGCACAGGGAAGUAGCCGGUGUUUCUUCCCCUCCCCAAAUGGAAAUAUCACUCCGCCUCUUUUAAAAUUGACUUCCUAAGUUGAUUUUGAUCGUAGGUGAUGCAGCAAGCCUCAGGCCUGGGUAUUUUCAAAAUCUUGUUGGCUGACUAUUAUAGAUGGCCUUGGAAUUUGUUCGUGGGGGUCUGAAUGUAACAUAGGAAAAUGUCCUUUCUCGGGGACUGGGGCUUUAAAGUUCGUUUGUUUGUGACUCAAAUUUUAGCUGUGCACUGUGCACUCUUACUCUCUUCAUCUUGUCUCAGAGCCACAGCUAUUGAAUUUAGUGGUCCUAAGUUGGGUUUCUGAUCUGAUCUCUUGCAUUCUGGUGGGUACUUGAGGCAGAAUCAGCUUUGUCAAUGAUUUUCUGGGCAGAAAGGAAAUUCAGUUGCAUCUGAAGGGGCUUCGCAGUCCAAUAUGUGCCGUCCCUUUGUUUUCUAUAACAGAGAGUGAUGGUCAAGGCCACCCCCAUCUUUAGCGGUAGAGCCAGCACAAGAAGUCAGGUUUUCUGCCUCUUUUAAGUCUCCUGCUGCCUCACACAGCACCUCCAGAGCUCUGGGGAAAGGGUGCUCAGAGAGGUAAAGUGACUUGUCUGAGGUCCUGUGGCUAGUGGGUGAAGGAGUUGGAAUUAGAACGGAAACCUCCAUUGGAAUGGAUUCCCUAAGCUGUUGCAGGGAAAUCCAGUUUUUAAAGUAAACUCAGUUAUGUCUCGAAUGUACUCAGAAAAUGAGCUGUUUAAAAUUUCUCAUUGUGACUGUAAUGUGAACCAUGAUGUCUAACUUGUAUUUUAUUUGGCAAGAAUAGGGGAUAUGCAUUCAGAUCUUCACCUCUGGGAUUUCCUGAGACUUGCUCUAUUGGGAUCCCCCUCCACCCGUAUCCCCACCCAACUCCUAGACAUUAAAACAAAUCUAGCCAUGAGCACGCCUACUGCUCCACCACCGCCUGCUUUCUUUGGCCAUCAGAGCCUUGGAGUUUAUAGGACAGAGGCCAUGACAUUAGGGAGCUUGUUUAAAAAUCAACAAUCGGAGAGGAGGGCCAUGUAAAAAAAGCGGUGUGCAACUGCUGCAUUAUUUCACUCAGCGGCAGGCAGGCCCGCCCCUCCAUCUUUUCCCCACCAGGCACAGGAGCUGGACUGUGCUCUGAGUUUCAGGGGACACCUACCCAGACUGACUGGGGCUUCUGGGCCUUCUCAUAAGAGGAGUCAAGAGCUCCUGUGCUUCUUUAAAAGGAGACAGACUCGGUGUUCCCAUUGGAGUCUGGGUACUGUCUCGGGAGGGAAAGGCAAUGACCCUCCGGCCUUUUUCUCCCCGAUGUCACAGUCCCCAUUUGCUGGAGCCCUUGAGGGGCCACGAAAACAGGUGGCUCUCAUUCAGCUUCCUGAAGUGUUGCACUACUGAGUCCUGUUUACACCAGCAGUGAAUAGGGUAAUGAAAGGAACAUGCUUUAAGCAAUGGCUUGAUGCUCAGUGUGGCAAUCAAAAGCUUGCCUGGGCAGAUGGAGUCAGGGGCUACAAAAUAGUCAUGGAGUUGUCACAAGGUCACUGUCUCUCUCUCCUUCUUCCCCUUCCAGGUCUCUGCUGUCCCCUGUAGCCACCACAAGGGCUAAGCUGUUGAAUGAGCCCCUUGGUUUUUCCUUAGAAACACUAUGACUUAUGUGUGAUUCUUGGUCUAAUCCCAGGUUAAGAAACAAAUCAAAAGCUUGUGACCUGACCCGUUCAUUUGCCGCCUUCUUUCAGGCACCUGGACGUGUUUAGUAUUCUGCCCUGUGCCUUGCCCAGGGAGGGAGAAGUUUCUAGCAAUUACGGCUUUCUGUCUGCUGCCUGGUGCUUUUACGGGACUUCAUCUGUUUUUUAUUGUUGUUGUUGUGUUUUUUUACCCAAAACGGCAUUUGUUUGGCUGUCAUUGUCUAGUAUAUAUUUAUUGUGUUUUACAAACAUGAGUAUAUAUGUAUGUAUAUGUAUAAAACCAAAUUUAUAUAUAAGAAGUCAAGGCAUGUACACUAGAUAUUUUAAAGAGUUAUUUAUCAAGGGAAAAAGAUGUGUGUUAUAAAGUAAACAGAGUCUAUAUUUUCUAUAUAAUGUAGAUAGUCAAACAUAGCUUAUAAAUUAUAGGAGGUUUUGGUUUUCUUUUUUAUUAUUAAAGGAAAAAAGGACAAUGAAUGCAACUCUUCGUAGUGGUUUUAAGGCCAAACUCCUGUGGGAGCUGGGAGGUGGCUCUCCCUGCGGGCCUCUAGCGGCUCUGUGUCUGCUGCUCCGAGCUGAUUCCCAUUGUGACCUCUGUGAUGCUGGAUGCUUGGGGCCAGCGGUCAGCAUCACUCAGCCAGCUGGCCUGUGCCACUCCUACGUGGCUUCUAGCUAUUCUCCGCAGUUUGCAUUGGUGGGAUAAAGGAAUGAAAAGGAUAAAUAAAGAUUUAAAAGAAAAUACA